CGCGUGGAACACCGUGCUCCUUCUGUUCCGCGCGAACAUCCCCCAAAAAGCACCAAAGCGCGUCAUUUUCACAAACAUUUGGCACAUUUCACCUCAGCUGUACGCGGACCUCUCCAAACCGGCGCGCUUUCCUCCACAUCCGUGUCGGUAAGUGCGUGAUUCACCGGGCCAUCCUGUUGUUUGGCGCGGGCAGACUUCACGUGGGACCCACAGUCUUCUCUUGAUCCCGCCUGUUCCUCGGGGACCGUAGUGCUGCGCGAGGACCAUGGCCACGCUGAUCCUGGAGGAUGGAAGCACGUUUAAAGGACGGCUCUUUGGGGCGCGCGUUUCCGUGUCUGGAGAAGUGGUGUUCCAGACAGGGAUGGUGGGAUACCCCGAGGCCCUCACAGACCCGUCGUAUCGAGGGCAGUUGCUCACGCUGACGUACCCUCUGAUUGGGAAUUAUGGAGUGCCCAAAGACGAAGAGGGCGAGUUCGGCCUGAGCCAGUGGUUCGAGUCCUCUCGUAUCCAUGCCUCGGCCCUCAUCAUCGGGGAGCUGUCCGAGGAGCCUAGUCAUUGGAGCUCUGUGCGAUCUCUUGACCAUUGGCUCAAGGAACACGGCGUGCCUGGGAUCCAAGGGAUCGACACGCGCUGCCUGACUAAAAAGAUCCGAGAGAAGGGCACUCUUCUGGGGAAGCUGGUGGUGGAGGGGACCCUGGAGCAGAGUAUCCCGUUUGAGAACCCAGACCUCAGGAACCUGGUGCAGGAGGUCUCCAUGAAGGAGGCGCGGGUGUUUAACCCCUCAGGCUCUGUGCGGGUGACUGUGGUGGACUGUGGAGUCAAGUUUAACCAGAUCCGAUGUUUGGCCCACAGAGGAGCCAGAGUCACUGUGGUGCCCUGGGACAGCCCCCUGAACCCCGAAGAUUUUGACGGUCUGUUCAUCAGUAACGGACCCGGAGACCCUCAGCUUUGCUCCACCACCAUAGAAAACCUUCGUAAAGUCCUGGCCCUAAACCAGAACCAGGAUCAUAACCAGACUAAGCCUGUGUUUGGGAUCUGCCUGGGACACCAGCUGCUGUCUCUGGUCAUCGGAGCAAAGACCUACAAGUUAAAAUAUGGAAAUCGAGGCCAUAACCAGCCGUGCAUCCACAAAGGCACUGAACGCUGCUUCAUCACGAGUCAGAACCAUGGAUUCGCCGUCGACCCCGAGACCCUACCCCCCGACUGGGACGUCCUGUUCACCAACGCCAACGACCACAGCAACGAGGGGAUAGUCCACAAUGAGCUACCCAUGUUCAGUGUGCAGUUCCACCCGGAGCACAUGGCUGGCCCUACAGACCUGGUGUCUCUGUUUGAUGUGUUUCUGGAGACUGUUCGUGAACACAAAGAGGGAAAAGUUACGAAAACAGUGAAGCAGCAUCUGAUGGAGCACUUGACCUACUCCGCUGCCCCCAAACCCGAAGACGUCGUCCGGCCUCGCAAAGUCCUGAUCUUGGGCUCUGGAGGUCUGUCCAUUGGGCAGGCUGGAGAGUUCGACUACUCCGGGUCUCAGGCAAUCAAAGCUCUGAAGGAGGAGAGAGUCCAGACGGUUCUGAUAAAUCCAAACAUUGCUACGGUUCAGACCUCCAAAGGUUUAGCUGAUAAAGUCUACUUCCUGCCCAUUACCGCGGACUAUGUCACCCAGGUGAUCAACAACGAGCGUCCGGACGGUGUGCUGUUGACCUUUGGGGGUCAAACGGCACUGAAUUGUGGCGUGGAGUUGACGAAACGCGGCGUUUUAGAGCGGUACAAAGUGAAAGUGCUCGGGACGCCUGUGUCCUCCAUCGAGAUGACAGAAGACCGGAAGAUCUUUGUGGAGAAGAUGGAGGAAAUCAAUGAACAUGUGGCUCCUAGUGAAGCAGCCUUCUCUGUGGAGCAGGCUGUAGCAGCAGCAGAGCGGUUGGGGUAUCCGGUCCUGGUGCGUUCGGCCUUUGCUCUGGGAGGACUUGGCUCUGGAUUUGCAAACACUCGGGAGGAACUGACCUCUUUGGCCACUUCUGCGUUUGCUCACACAUCUCAGGUCCUGGUUGACAAAUCUCUGAAAGGCUGGAAGGAGAUCGAGUAUGAGGUUGUGAGAGAUGCCUACGACAACUGCAUCACGGUGUGCAACAUGGAGAACAUCGAUCCUUUGGGCAUCCACACAGGGGAGUCCAUUGUAGUGGCUCCCAGUCAGACCCUGAACGAUCGCGAGUACAACAUGCUCCGCAACACCGCCAUUAAAGUCAUCAGACACCUGGGCAUUGUGGGAGAGUGCAACAUCCAGUAUGCCCUCAACCCUGAAUCUGAGCAGUACUACAUCAUUGAAGUGAACGCCCGUCUGUCGCGCAGCUCCGCUCUGGCGUCUAAGGCCACAGGUUACCCUCUGGCUUAUGUGGCGGCUAAACUGGGGCUCGGGAUCCCAUUGCCACGGCUCAAAAAUUCUGUGACAAACUCGACCACGGCAAACUUUGAACCGAGUUUGGACUACUGUGUGGUGAAGGUACCGCGUUGGGACCUGAGCAAGUUCCUCCGAGUGUCCACCAAAAUCGGCUCUUCGAUGAAGAGCGUGGGGGAGGUGAUGGCUAUCGGGCGCAGCUUUGAGGAGGCAUUUCAGAAAGCUCUCAGGAUGGUGGACGAGAACUGUGUGGGCUUUGACCACACCAUCAAACCUGCCUCAGAGAAGGAGCUGCAGAUGCCCACAGACAAGCGCAUCUUUGUGCUGGCCUCUGCACUCAGAGAAGGAUACUCUGUGGAGAAACUCUACGAACUCACAAAAAUUGACCGCUGGUUUUUGCACAAAAUGAAGAAUAUCGCCGACCACGAGAGGCUCCUCGAGACCUACAACCAGGAUGAGAGUGCGAUGCCCCUGGAGGUCAUGAGAAAGGCCAAGCAGCUCGGGUUCUCAGACAAACAGAUUGCUCUGGCUGUGCAGAGCACAGAGCUGGCAGUGCGGCGGUUGCGUUCACAAUGGUCCAUUCUUCCUGUGGUGAAGCAGAUCGAUACAGUGGCAGCAGAGUGGCCGGCUCACACUAACUACCUGUACCUGACCUACCAUGGCUCCGACCACGACCUGAUCUUUGACCUGCAGCAUGUCAUGGUCAUCGGCUCCGGCGUUUACCGCAUCGGUAGUAGCGUGGAGUUCGAUUGGUGCGCGGUUGGCUGCAUCACCGAACUGCGCAGGAUGGGGUAUAAGACUAUCAUGGUGAACUAUAACCCAGAGACCGUUAGCACAGACUACGACAUGUGUGACCGACUCUACUUCGAUGAGAUCUCCUUCGAGACUGUGAUGGACAUUUACGAGCGUGAAAACCCAGAGGGUGUGAUCCUGUCCAUGGGCGGACAGCUGCCCAAUAACAUCGCCAUGUCUCUACACCGACAGCAGUGCCGCAUCCUGGGUACCUCCCCUGAGUUCAUCGACAACGCAGAAAACAGGUUUAAGUUCUCCAGGAUGUUGGACGCCAUCGGGAUCAGCCAGCCACGGUGGAAGGAGCUGUCCGAUACUGAGUCUGCAGUCGGUUUCUGUGAGUCUGUGGGAUACCCUUGCCUGGUUCGUCCUUCGUAUGUUCUGAGUGGAGCCGCAAUGAACGUAGCGUAUUCAGACUCAGACCUGGUCAAGUUCCUGAGCAACGCUGUGGCCGUAUCCAAGGAGCAUCCAGUGGUCAUAUCCAAGUUCAUCCAGGAGGCAAAAGAGAUCGAUGUGGACGCAGUGGCUCUGGACGGGGUGGUUUUGGCCAUCGCUGUCUCUGAACAUGUGGAGAACGCUGGAGUUCAUUCUGGGGAUGCUACACUGGUCACCCCUCCCCAGGACCUCAACCAGAAAACCAUCGACCGAAUAAAGAGUAUUGUCCAUGCCAUCGGUCAGGAGCUGCAGGUCACUGGACCCUUCAACCUGCAGCUCAUUGCUAAGGACGACCAGCUGAAGGUGAUCGAGUGUAACGUUCGGGUGUCACGCUCGUUUCCGUUCGUUUCUAAGACUCUGGGCGUCGACCUGGUUGCCCUGGCGACGGAGGCCAUAAUGGGCGAGGAGGUGGAGCCUGUGGGACUGAUGACGGGAAAGGGAGUGGUCGGAGUCAAGGUUCCCCAGUUCUCAUUUUCGCGCCUGGCCGGAGCAGACGUGGUUCUGGGUGUGGAGAUGACGAGCACUGGGGAGGUGGCCUGUUUUGGGGAGGACCGUUAUGAGGCGUAUCUGAAGGCCAUGCUCUCCACCGGCUUCAAGAUCCCGAAGAAGAACAUCCUGCUCUCCAUCGGCAGCUACAAGAAUAAAAGUGAGCUGCUGCCCACGGUUCAGGCUCUGGAGUCUUUGGGGUACGACCUCUAUGCCAGUCUGGGCACCGCUGACUUCUAUACCGAGCAUGGGGUCAAGGUGACAGCAGUGGACUGGCCUUUCGAGGAGGAGGACAGUGAGUUCCCUGCUAAAGACAAACAGCCCAGUAUCAUGGACUAUCUGGAGGAGAACCACUUUGACCUGGUCAUAAACCUCUCCAUGAGGAACAGUGGGGGGCGCCGUCUCUCCUCUUUCGUCACUAAAGGAUACAGAACCAGGAGGAUGGCCGUUGAUUACUCUGUACCGCUCAUCAUCGAUAUCAAGUGCACCAAGCUCUUUGUGCAGGCUCUGCAUCAGAUCGGUCACAGUCCUCCAGUGAAGACGCACGUGGACAGUAUGACAUCACAGACUCUGGUCCGACUGCCCGGUCUGAUAGACGUGCAUGUUCACCUUCGGGAGCCCGGAGCGCUGCAUAAGGAGGACUUUUCUUCGGGCACUGCUGCGGCUCUGGCUGGAGGGGUCACUCUGGUCUGUGCGAUGCCCAACACGUCGCCCGCAGUGACGGACGCCAGCUCCCUCGCCCUGGUGCAGAAGUUGGCUAAGGCCGGUUGUCGUUGUGACUACGCUCUGUACUUGGGAGCAGCCUCAGACAAUGCUUCCUCUCUCCCUGGCAUCGCUCACCAGGCAGUUGGACUCAAAAUGUACUUGAACGAUACCUACUCCACUCUCAAGAUGGACAAUGUGUCUUUGUGGAUGGAGCAUUUUGAAAAGUGGCCAAAGUCUCUCCCAAUUGUUGCUCAUGCGGAAAAGCAGACUGUGGCAGCCAUUUUGAUGGUGGCUCAGCUUUAUCAAAGGCCGGUGCACAUCUGUCACGUCGCUCGCAAAGAGGAGAUCCUGUUGAUCCGUGCAGCAAAGCAGAAGGGUGUGCAGGUUACAUGUGAGGUGGCUCCUCAUCACCUGUUUCUCUGUGAAGACGACGUCACUGAGAUCGGACCAGGGCGAGCUCAGGUCAGACCCGCGCUUGCCUCUAAAGAGGACCAGGGGGCUCUGUGGGACAACAUGGAUAUCAUAGAUUGCUUCGCCACAGACCACGCCCCUCACUCUGUGGAGGAGAAGAACAGUCCUAACCCACCUCCGGGGUUUCCGGGUUUGGAGACAAUGCUGCCACUGCUCCUGACAGCGGUCAGUGACGGCCGUCUCACAAUGGAGGAUUUAAUCAAAAGACUUUAUGAAAACCCAAGGAGGAUUUUCAGCUUACCAGCGCAAGAGAACACCUAUGUGGAGGUGGACCUGGAGCAGGAGUGGGAGAUCCCUCAGUCUAUGCAGUUCACCAAAUCAAAAUGGACGCCGUUUGCGGGCAUGAAAGUGAAGGGCAAAGUGCGGAGAGUGGUGCUAAGAGGAGAGGUGGCCUACAUAGACGGACAGGUGCUGGUUGCCCCUGGUUACGGUGAAGAUGUGAAAACAUGGCCAUCCUCCACCCUGCCACCUCCAGAACUCAAGGAGACGCCGAUGACCCCCGAGCCGCUGAGACCCACCCCCCCUCGGGACUCGGUCCGGACCAGAGCCCACAGCCCGCGUCGCUCGACUGGAGAUAGAGGCUUCCUGCUGCCCCCUAGAGUCCACCGCACCUCCGACCCAGGACUGCCCCCAGAGCUGGUGAUGCUGCCCCCCUCUGGAGCACCUCCCUCUGGAGACUCAUACUCUCACCCUCCUCCUCUGUCGAGGCUCCUCUCUCCCCAGGCUCAGGUUGCUGGAGUACCUGCCUCUCACCUGCAGGUGUCUCCACUGCUGCACCCUCUGGUGGGGCAGCACAUCUUAUCAGUGCGACAGUUCACCAAAGAACAGAUGUCUCACUUGUUUAACGUGGCUCACACUCUGCGUCUGAUGGUGCAGAAGGAACGCAGCCUGGACAUUCUCAAGGGUCGUGUGAUGGCGGCCAUGUUCUACGAGGUGAGCACUCGCACCAGCAGCUCCUUUGCAUCUGCCAUGUAUCGUUUGGGAGGCUCCGUGGUUCACUUCAGCGAGUUGACUUCCUCGUCUCAGAAGGGAGAGUCUUUGUCCGACUCUGUGCAGACUAUGAGCUGUUAUGCAGAUGUGCUGGUGCUACGCCAUCCCACACCCGGAGCUGUGGAGUCUGCGUCUCGUCACUGCCGUAAGCCGGUGAUAAAUGCAGGAGAUGGAGUUGGAGAACAUCCGACUCAGGCUCUGCUCGACGUCUUCACCAUCAGGGAGGAGCUGGGGACUGUCAACGGCAUGACUAUCACGAUGGUGGGGGACCUUAAACACGGGCGCACCGUUCACUCUCUGGCCAAACUCCUGACGCAGUAUCGCAUCACUCUGAGAUAUGUGGCCCCCAAAAACCUGCACAUGCCCCCGGAGAUCUGCAGCUACGUGGCCUCCAAGGGGAUCAAACAGGAGGAGUUUGAGAGCAUCGAAGAGGCGCUGCCUGAUACUGAUGUUCUGUACAUGACUCGGAUACAGAAGGAACGGUUCUCCUCUGAGGAAGAGUAUGAAGCGUGCUUCGGACAGUUCAUUCUCACUCCUCACAUUAUGACUGGAGCCAAGAAGAAGAUGGUGGUGAUGCAUCCACUGCCUCGAGUCAAUGAGAUCAGUGCGGAGGUGGAUUCGGACCCUCGUGCGGCGUAUUUCCGACAGGCAGAGAACGGAAUGUACAUCCGAAUGGCUCUACUCGCAACGGUCCUGGGACGAUGAGCCUCUGCACACGUCACUGCGUCUCUGCACACGGCUCAAACUUGCUUCAAAUGCGCUUCACACACAGGGCUAAUACAGCCACUCUACAUCACAGUCCAUUCCGUUGCAGUUUUUUUCUGAUAAGUGGCUACUUUGUACAUUGAUUUAAAGUAAAACAUGUCUAUUUACUCACAUUUAGUCUGCUACAUUAAUUAUUAGCAAUUAUAAGAAUUAUAAUAAGAUAACAAUUUAUUUGUCCCACAAAAGGGAAAUUACAGUGUUGCUGUAAUGAACAUGCAAACAGGAUCAAGAUAAACAAUAUUAUAAAGAUUUACAGUUGAAAUGACACUGUCAGCAGAGUAAAGCUAUUACAACUAUAUUGGCAUCUAUUGAUGCUUGAGAUUCUGCAUGUAUGUGUGUGGCGGAAUAUUCAACAGAUACUGUGGUGAAACAAUCCGCAGCACAAAUCAGCUCACCUGUUGUAGUUCAGUUCUUUCUGCUCAGAUUAUCUGAUUUUCGUAACAGAGCUUCAGACAGAGCAGUGCCUACAGUUACCAUCACACCCCCAGGGAAAGUUGAUGACAACAGCUGCAAAGUAUCAAUCCAAAACUGGGACAAUUAGCAACAUCUGUACAUUCCAUUCCAUUCCAGUUAUCAUAAUUUAGUUUUUUAUUUUUUUUUGACACAAAUUAAUUUCAUAUGUGGUUAUUUUUGCACUACUGCUAAAGUUACUACUACUACUACUACUGCUACUAAAUGUUACAAAUGUCUAUCUGUACAUUCUACUCUAUAUUCAUGUAUGUGGUUUAUGUUUCAGUUUAAAGUGUAUAUGGCAGGUUUCCCUGAAACAUAGUUAACAUUAUUAGAUUUAAGAUUUUACUAAAAAUAUUGUCUAAUUUUAAAAUUUUGUUGAAGUUUAUAAUUUUGCUUCCUGUUGGACAUCGGCAACAGAUAGAGGCAUGUUACAGAGCAACCAUAAUGUAAACAAGGGCCAAAACUUGUCUAAAUUACACAAUAGUUAUGAUUAAUUAAAAAUGACACCACCAUCAUUUUGUUCAACUAAUGUUUAAAGUGUCAGAAAAAUGUCUUCCUUGUGCAUCUCUGCAUUUUGGAUGAAUUUGAUGACAGAGGGAUUCUGUUUGAGAACUUCACACCUGUGUUUUCCAAGUUUUUGUGUUCUUCAGUCUGUCACUUAACUGAUGUAAAACUAUGAGACAUGUUUAGUAAAAGUACUAUCCCACCAAACCAAGUCAGAAUUAGAAAAAAUAUAUUAAUCCGUCAAAUGCACAUCUACUGCAAAACAACUAUGGAAACCACUCAAAUCAAAAGCUGUUUAUGCACAAUCCUCUGCCCCGUGUUUCAUUUUAGUCUCUGAUUAACAUGGUCACAUCUGACACUUAAGCAGACUAACUUUACUAGUAGAGGCUCCACCACCUCCUUGUCUCCACUGACAUUUUAUUGGUUUGCCUAGAAUUUUUCCACAGUAUUACACAUCUGACGUCCCCAGGCAAAGUUACAGGCCAGAUGUGUGAAAAGGUGAGGAAGUUUAGAAUGAAAAUGCAUAUUUUUAAAUAAAAAAUGUAAUUAAAUAAAUGUAAGAUGGAUUCUUGCAAUUCUCGACAGAGCAAUAACCUAUCCAUGGACAAAAGCCAGAAAACUAGCUAGUGUACCUUUAAAAUGACCCACUAUAAUAGCGUUUAGUUCUUAAAAUACACCUAUAAAUGGAGCUCAACAGUGACACACCCCUGGUUCCGCAAAUACAUUUCCCAUUAAGUUUUUCCCCACAGACUGAAUAAAAAAUUUGACUUAAAACUGACAGUGGGACCAGGAUUUUUUUUAGGACCAAAUUGAUGAAACUGACCUAAACUGGCAGCUGGGACUAAACAAGGGGUAGAAGAGGACCAAACAAAGUGUUUAUAGGGACUAAACCGGGGGCCGUGUGAAUGCUUCUGAAAUCUGCGCAAAUACAAUGUGCAGUUUUUAGUUUUUCAAAUUUUUUUUCAUAAAAAAAUACAACAAAUAUGUAAUUGUGGAAAUGGUAAUCUGAUGGUACAUUUCAAUUACUGUUACACUUACAAAGGGACCAAAUGCUUGUUUUAAAAUAAAUUUCAUGUAAUUUUGUUUGGUUUCUGAAAUAAAUACUCAUGUUUUUU